ACAUCUACUAGCAACCAGGUGCUAUAAGCCUACUACACAAGCUCACUAGAGCACACUCCCUAAGUUUCAAACCUAGCUUGCUGUUAGAAAGACAACACAAAUGGACCGUGUGAUGAAGCUAGCAUCCGAGCGUGCGGUGGUGAUCUUCACCUUGAGCUCAUGCUGCAUGUGCCACACCGUGACACGCCUCUUCUGUGAUCUCGGUGUCAACGCGCUAGUGCAUGAGCUGGACCAAGACCCUAGGGGCAAGGAGAUGGAGAGGGCACUCCUCAAGCUGCUCGGAAGGGGGCCGCCUGUGCCGGUGGUGUUCAUUGGUGGGAAGCUCGUUGGGGGAACCAACAAGAUCAUGUCCCUCCACCUUGGAGGUGAGCUGAUCCCCAUGCUCAAGAAUGCGGGAGCCCUCUGGCUGUAGAUCAAGGCCGUGUCAUCAUGCGUGAGAUAGAGAGAGAGAGAGACUAGACUAUGGUACCAUUCAGGAAAACAAAAUAAAAAAGUAUAUAGCUGGAGAGCGUGAAGUGUGUGUUUACAUAGAAUAACAUGUGGCGCUAGCAUGCAACUUUUGCGUUAGGGCAGGUUUUUUCAAUCCUGCUCUGACAAUAAUAAGGUUGAUUAGCUUGCGAGCACCGAGUGAGAUUCACAUGCUACAUAUGUGUGGUUUGUGUAAACUUCAUUUUUGAUGUUCCUGUUUAGUUCCAGUCGAUGUAUAUGUAUCACGUGUACUCGCCCUUUUUCCCACGAGUAGUGAGUACACAUAUUAUGUAUGAGAGUUGAUAAUCAAUGAUAAUUGCAUGUUAAAUAUA